AUGUUUGACUACCUCGUAGUCGGCGCUGGCCCGUCAGGGCUGUGCGCAGCAAAGACAAUCGUUGAGUGCGAGGUGGGCGCAAGUUUGAAGAUCCUUGACGCGAACAAGACUCUCGGUGGCGUCUGGGCCAAAGAGAAUAUCUACCCUGGCCUUAAAACCAACAACUUGCGAGGCGGCAUCGACUUCUCCGACUUCCCGAUGCACGACGGCUUUGGGAUCGCCGCAGGCGAGCAUGUCUCUGGUGCAGUAAUGCACGAAUACCUUGUCGCGUACGCUGAGCGAUCCGAUCUGGUAAAGCUGAUCGACUUUGAGACGCACGUGCAGGAGAUUUCGCAGCUCCAGAACGGCCAGGGCUGGAAUCUGAAAGUCCGUCGUUGCGAUUCUGCUGCUGUUGGCAGCAAUGGCGCAGGAAGCACAACCACAGAAAUACAGACCAAGAAACUCAUCAUCGCGACAGGCAUCACCAACCAACCGAACCGUCCUUUCCUUAUUGGUACUGCCGCCUUUGAAGGACCCAUUGUGCAUUCCUCCGAGAUGGGCAUGAAAGCAGAUGCAUUGAUGGACGACCCUAAAAUCAAGCGCAUAGCAGUCAUAGGAGGCGGGAAGUCGGCUUUCGACGCCGUGCAUCUAGCAGGCAUAAAAGAGAAGUUUGUGGAAUGGAUCAUGAGGAAAUCAGGCAAAGGACCUGAAUGGGUUUUCCCAGCUCAUGCACAGAUCGGCCCUUUCAAACUCAUCCGCGAACGACUGGCCACCAGACGCAUCUUGACCUUCUUCAGUCCGUGUCUCUGGAACGAUGGGUUCGGCUGGAUCAGAAACAAGCUCCAUUUCACCAAGUUGGGGAGAUUGCUUACGCAGAAGUUCUGGGCCAAUUUGCAUGAGAAGACGCUUCAACAAUGCCGCCUGAUGGAGUUCCCAUAUACUAGAAUCUUGCAGCCGGAGACAAGUCCCUUCUGGUACGGCACUGCGUCAGGCAUUUUAAGCUACGAACCCAGCCUCUACGACAUGAUCGGGGGAGCCACUGUGGAGAUUCACCGCGAAGACAUCUCCUAUCUGUCCAAACACUCGAUCAUGCUGACGAACGGCUACACCAUCCAAGCCGACGCCAUCAUCACGGCCACGGGCUUCUCAGUCGAACCGACAUUCAAGUUCCUUCCAACAAAGCUUCAUUCCGACCUGGGGAUCCCGACGCCGUCGCUUACCCCUGAGCAACACGAUUUCUGGAAGGCACUGGACCGCCAGGCCGAUCUCACUAUCGCCUCGAGCUUCCCUCGUCUGCUCGACGGCCCGUACAAGUCGCCCAGUUCGACCGUCGUCCAGCCCUACCAUGGCGGCAUGGACGCCAAUAGGAGAGACCACACCCCUUUCCGGCUGUACCGCGCAAUCGCACCACCGGGACUCACGGCACAAGGCGACCGCUCUCUAGUGUUCAUCGGCAUGUUCUCCAACCUGGCAAACACUCCGCGUUGUGAACUGCAAUGUCUCUGGGCCUAUGCGUACUUGACCGGCAAACUGGACCAGAGCAACAGUAUCGAUCCCAACACCGUCUUCGAAGAGACAGCCUUGAUGAGUCGCUACGUCAGACACCGCGCCCCUUACGGCCAUGGCAAAUUCUUCCCCGACUUGGUGUUUGAUCAGCUGCCUUACUUCGACAUGUUGCUGCAGGAUCUCAAGCUGAAGUACUGGCGCAAGGGGAACUUGUUGGCCGAGAUUUUCGGGUCGUAUGUCAGCGAGGACUAUGCUGUUGUCGUUCAGGAGUGGCUCAAGGCGAAUAAAGAUGACAAGGUCAAGGAGGAUUAA